AUGGUUGAUUCUCUUUCUUCUUUACAGGGCGCUGAUAGUUUCUUUGACGAUUUCAUCCACCAUCUCAUGUGUCCGUUCUGUACAUUAACUCAGGUUGUGUAUUUGUACACAGAUUAUAACAAGCUGUAUCAAUUUAUGCCCUUUUGGUUCAAACUUGCUUGUGAUGUGAUGCAGGAAUCGAAAACAUUGGAGAUAAACAAUGUACAUGAUGGUAUCUGGCAUGGUCGAGGAGACACACUGUGCAUAGGCGGCUAUCCUGAAGGAAAAUCUUUGCUUGAGCUGCAUUCUCCUCCAGUUAUUGUAUCAACGAUGUCACCAUAA